AUGAAGUACACCACUGUCGGUUUAAUCGCCGCGGCCUCCCUUGUCGCCGCCGAAGACUUCUUGACCAUUUCGCCUGAGGUUAUGGCUCAAUCGAUCCAAGACCUGAACGACUUCCCCACCGCUGACAGAGAACUGGCCGCCUCGAGAUACUCGGAGCUUUACGACCAAAACAACGGCCGUAUCCCCAUCACCGCCUUCUACACCGGCUUGCAAGCGGACGCGUCGGGCUCGGGCGCCGACUCGUCGGCUGACCCUGCCUCCUCGGCCACCUCCGCUAAUUCGUCGGCGGACUCUGAGUCGUCGGCUACCGCUGAAUCGUCGGCUAACCUGUCGGCUAACUCUGCUGAAUCGUCGGCCACCGCCGAAUCGUCGGCUUCGGCUGACUCUUCGGCUUCGGCUGACUCGCUGGCCUCUGCUGACUCCUCUGCCUCGGCUGACCUGUCGGCUUCUGCUGACUCCUCCGCUUCUGCUGACUCCUCCGCCUCCGCCGACUCGUCGGCCUCGGGUGAAUCCGCCUCUGACGCCAUCUCGUCCGCCCUCGAAUCGUCGGACGACCUCUCCUCGGGCCCCGCCCCCACCGCCACCGAAUCGCAAGGCGGUGUCAUUGGUGGCGUCGUUGCUAACAACAGCACUGGUGGUGCUGGUGCCAACAACGGUACCGUCAUUGGUGGUGGCGACAGCUCUGACGACGGCUCGUCGCUGGUGUCGGACGCCGACACCGUGUCGCUGGCUGGCGAAGAAGAAGCUUCGUCCACCGGUGGCUCGAGAACUCUGGGCUCGUCGUCGGCCUCGAAAACCGCCUCGGCGUCGUCGUCGUCGCAACCGGGUAUGGGUGUUCAAGGCACCGUCAGCGGGUUCGUGGCCAUCGCUGGUUUGAUUGGCGCUUUGCUCUAA